AUGGGCAAUGGGAACCGGAAGCGUCUGUUCACGCGCCCCUCGAAGAGACAGACGAAGCUUGAGCACAGAUUUGUUAGCGUCGGACGACGGUGUGAUGAAGACUGCCAGCCGAGACGGGACUUUUAUGCAAAAUGGAGGGUCGAAUGGUGCCAGUUGGCCCAUUGCAUGCCACAACCUGGGCUUAGAGAAACGGGCAGUUUCGGUGGCAGUACAGAACUCACAACCAGUUUAGCGAUGACUUCCGUUUGUGUGCAAGUAGGCCUGUUGAAGAUCUCACCGAAGACGAUCUAUGAAUCACUUCCUCAGGCAGACUUAUGUGUGAGUGAUAUUGUGUGUGUGUGUGUGUUUGUGAGCCGGUACGUAUGA